AUGGAUAAUAAAGUCAAAUAUUUACUAAAUUCCAUCAUUUUUGCUUCUUCUAUCUCCGUCAUUACUGCCAUAUUUGGCUGUGCUUACAUUCUCUCGGAUAUUUCAGAAUUUCAGAGUGAAAUUCUAGACAAUUUGAAUGAGUUUCAGUAUUACUCCUCCGACUCGUGGAAUGUGAUGCUCCGCGGAAAAACCAGUGGGCUCCGCGUUAAGCGCCAAUAUCAAACUGCACCAGUUUUUGGAGGUGCCCGAGUAGAAGCUGGAACAUGUCAAUGUGCUCAGCAAUCAACUGGAUGUCCUCCAGGACCACCUGGACCACCUGGAUCUGAAGGUCACCCUGGGGAUUCAGGGGUUCCUGGAAAUCCAGGACAGCCUGGAACUGCAGGAAUUUCUGAAUCACACUCUUCAAGUGGGUGUAUCACUUGCCCCGCGGGACCAAUGGGAUCUCCUGGACCAGAUGGACCUCCAGGAGUUCCUGGUGCUACUGGAAAUCCUGGCAGCUUGGGAGAAUCAAGCUUGGGAGCAGGUUCACCGGGACCACCAGGAGGUGUAGGUCCCCCAGGUCCGAAUGGAACUCCCGGAGCACCUGGAGACGAAGGCAUACCUGGAGUUCCUGGAGCAAACGUCAUUUGCCCGCCUGGACCGGCAGGAUCAAUGGGAUCUGUCGGACUUCCUGGACCACCUGGAAAUGAUUUGGGAAAUAGUAAUGGACCUCCAGGCCCUCCUGGUCAAAUGGGACAACCUGGGAAACCAGGAUCUAUGGGAGGUCUUGGCCAAUCUGGACCAACAGGAUCUGAUGGUAUUCCUGGAAUCGAUGGGCAAUACUGUCAUUGUCCACAACGUACACAUAAUUUGGGUAUGAACAGAUACCAUGACGAACCAAUUCCAGUUUCAAAACCGAAGAGAAAUAAGGAUAAGAUGCGAAAGAUGAAAAAGUUUAUGCGAAAGUUGCAGAAAAAAUUUUCAGUUGUAUGA